AUGGCGCCCGCGCCGUCACCGCCGAAUGCAGCGACGACGUCUGUCCAAGUCGCCCUGCGCAUCCGGCCGACCACCACCCAGGACACCAGUUCCAUCCCCGCUCGUUUUCAACGGUCAGUUAUCAAUGCCGUCUCUUCAACCGCCAUCUCUGUGGACGCCACUCCUCCAUCUGGCUCUGGCGCUACAGCGACCGCUCCUGCCGCCGGCACGAGCAAGAAGCAAGUCUUCACUUUCGACCAAGUCCAUCCUCCUUCUACCACUCAGCAUGCGCUCUUCACGUCUACGGCGCAGCCUCUUGUCUCCCGUUUUAUUGACGGCUUCAACUGUACCAUUCUCGCCUAUGGCCAGACCAGCAGCGGCAAGACGUUCACUAUGACUGGCAUUGACCUUGAUGCUGACCCAAGCGAUCCUUCGAAUGGCAUGGGCAUCAUUCCAAGAGCUGUAUCGACUAUAUUUGCACGAUGUAAGGAAUUCAAGCAGGAGCGGGGUGAUACGUGGCAGUGUACUCUCAAGGGAUCGUUCAUCGAAAUCUACAAUGAAGACCUAAUCGAUUUGCUUAAUAUGGAGGAAGGGGCAGGGAAGCGAGAAGUGCAGAUCCGAGAGGACAAACAGGGUCACAUCCUUUGGGAAGGGCUGCGAGAAGUGAAUGUGAGGGGUCCGACAGAAGUUAUGAGCCUCCUCCGACAAGGUACUGCUAUCAGAAGGACAAACGAGACAGACAUGAAUGCGCAGUCAUCACGAUCACACGCCAUCUUCUCCUUGACCCUAAGCCAGAAGAAAUUCACCGGAUCGAAGCCUCCUCCUCGAUCGUCAUCACCUAUGCCUCCGGGGGCCCGCCCCGCGUCUCGCAUUGCACGGCCUGGGUCUGCAUUCGUCAACACCUUGCAACCCAGAGUGUCCUCCCCGACAUUUUCACGUCCCGCUACGCCUAGUUUUCAGACAGCCAUGAGCAGGACCGUGAGGCCCGCUAGCUCUCUCGGUUUGUUGACGCCAGAUGGCGGGCGAGCGAUCAGAGAUGCCUCUGCUGAGGAUGGUGAGGGAGAGUGGGUCACAGUGGUAUCCAAGUUCCACUUCGUCGAUCUUGCUGGCUCUGAGCGGCUAAAACGGACAGCGGCGCAAGGCGAGCGGAUCAAGGAAGGUAUUUCGAUCAACAGUGGGCUCCUCGCACUCGGAAACGUCAUUUCUGCACUUGGAGAUCCUGCGCGCGCCAAGUCACAUACAGCGUCUUACAUCCCAUAUCGUGACUCGAAGCUGACACGGCUCCUGCAAGACUCGCUUGGUGGCAAUGCGCAUACACUUAUGAUUGCUUGCGUUAGCCCGGCAGAGUGGAACGUCGCAGAGACCAUUAACACCCUCAAAUACGCGAAUCGUGCGCGGAAUAUCAAGAAUCGCGUCGUGGUCAACGAGAAGGAAGAGGGUUGGGAUGAUCUCGAGUGGCUCCAGGGCACCGUGAUGCGUCUUCGCAGGGACCUAAAGGGACUCAAAGAAGGUGGCGGCGCUUUGAACGGGUCGUCAGGAUCCACGGAGAUCAUGGAGGGUGCGGGAAAGAAGGUGCUUGCCCAAAUGGCGGAGCUGCAGAACAACUAUGAGAAUCUCCGUGAGAAGUACGUCGCGCGCACGGAGGAACUCACAAGGCUCCGAAGGGAACUUGCAGAGAAGCAACGUAACUCCAAGUCUGGUUCUGGUGGGAUAGCCAAGUACGAGGAGAUCGUCGGCCCUGUGAUCGAGGAAUAUGAGAAGACAAUUGGUGCGAUGGAGGCGGAACUGAACCUGAAUCGCGCUGCCCUGCGUCAUACGAACAUCCUUUUCGAAGAGAAGGAAGCAGAGUAUGCUGAUCUCCAGGAGCGACAUUCUACAAUUGAGCUGUAUGUGGAGGAGCUUAAAGCGCGUGUGGCCAAGUUGUCUGAGCGAGAAGCGUCAACUGAGGCAUAUAUACAUGAUCUGGAGGAGAAGAUCAAGCAUUACGACGACUCCUCUAUCACAUCUAGUGGCUCAAUAACAGACCUCAAACGUGAGAUCACGAAGUAUAAGGACUCCGAGACGCAUUCUUUACAAUACAUCGUGGACCUCGAAGCUCGUCUUGCCCGCGCGGAUGAGUCUGUCCUUGCCUUGCGGGAGACUGUUGAGACGCUCGAGAAUGACUGCGAGCGGCGAAGACAAGAAGCCGAGGCCCUGCAGUCCCGCCUUGACAAUCUCAUGCGAGACGGGCAGAGCUGGCGUAACGAUCUCGACGAGAGGGAACGCAAGGUGCACGCUCUCGAGCUCAAGAUGGAGGAGUGGGAAGCGAAGAAGAAGGAAGCCGCUGAAGACCGAGAACGUCUCGGUGACUUGGUUGAUGAAGUCGCCAAGGAACGCAAGCACCUCGAAGUCUCCGUGCCGUCCUUGAAGUCGGCUUCCAGUUCAGAUUCUUUAGGCAUUCCGAAAGAUUAUUCCGUCGAGAGCCAGCUUGUCGCGCUCCAGCAGACGCAUACAGCGACCCUCGCAGAUCUCUCGUCCGUCACUGCGAAGUAUCGAGAUGCCCUGCGCGAGAUCGCAGACUUGGCGGCUCAGCUCCAGGAGGCCAAGGUCAACGCCCCGAUUGCACCUUCAGAGUCUCCGGAACGGCCGACUGAUCUGUCUCAUAGGAGAAGGAUGACAAAAGGAUCGUCGAGGGAUGGCAUCGAGCCUGUGAUGAACGGGUCGGUCAAGCGACCCUUCUUCCGGCAGGCGGCGUCAGCGGAGUCUCUCCACACCAGGUCGCUCUCGCAAUCGGUUUCGCUCUCGCAGGAGCUAUCAUCAGCGAGGUCGCGCAAAGCUUCCAUCUCCAGUCAUGGCACAAGUAGCUCCAUUUCGCUCUCGCUCUCCCGUCCGCAAUCCAGACUCAACCUUUCAGUAUCUCUUCCUUCUAUUAAUGUACCGUCAAAUGAGAGAUCGGUAGCCAGUCUGGAAAAGGAGAUCAUGCGGUUGCAGGAGGUCCUCCAAGAGCGUGAAGCAGAGAUAUCCGCGCUGGAGACGUCUUUGAAGGAGAAGGAUCGGGCAGCUGCGCUAGCGAGUCUCAGUCAGACUCCGUCGGAUGCACCUACGACGCCGGUAAAUGGCCUCGGCAGCCCCGAGCUGAGCCUGAACCUUUCGCCGAAGACGAUGGCCCAAUUCAAGCAGCUUCGGCAUAGUCUGCAUAUUCAGGUCUCGGAUACAGGCUCGACACUACCUGAUGUUGAUGAAUCAUUGGAGAGGCUGAAUGAGCUCAUGAGGUCAAUGGCUCAGAAAGAAUCGUCUCACCGGGAAGCCAUCGAUGGUUUGAAUACAGAGCUUAGCCAAGUUCGCAGGCAGUACGAAGAGCUCUCUGUCCUCUCCCGGGAUCAGACGCUGAAUAUGUCCACCGAGCUGGAGGCUCUGCGCAACAAACAUGACGAAGAAGUGGCCAAGCAUAGCGAAGAUCUGCAGCGAUUGCAGCAACUGGAGGAGCACGAAGUGAAUCUGGUCGACUCCCUAGCAAAGGCGCAACUUCACUCAUCUGAUCUCGCCGAAUCCUUAGAGAAUGUGCAACGCCGCGAAGCCGAGCUGCUUGCGUCCUUGGAACGUAUCCAAGCGGAGCACGCCUCUGAGAUUGCUAACCUUCAGGCGGCACACGAGGAAGCUCUGCGGGCAAAGGAGUCCGAGGUCGAUGGUCUCCUGGCUAGGAUGAAGGAAGAGCAUGAAGGUGCAUUCAGUGGCUUGCGCGACCAGCUCCUCGAGGCGUCCGCCGCACUGGAGCAAGCACGCCAGGAGCACGAGGCCGCCUUUGGUAAACUGAGGGCCGAUCACGAGGAGGAGCUGAAACGCCGUAGCCAGGCCGUCGAAGACAUGCUUGAGAGCACGCGUCAGGAUCACGAGGCCGCAUUGGCGAAGCUGGCCGUGGAGCACCAAGAGGCGUUCAAAAAGAAGGAAGAGGAAGCCGCGGCCACGCUUAGCCAGACUGAGGAGGAAUACUACGAUGCGCUCACGAAACUUCGCACGGAGCACGCCCAGACUUUGGAGAAGCAGUCGGCUGAGGCCGCCACUGCACUGGAGCGGCUGCGCGACGAGCACGCCCGGGAAAUGCGGAUGUCGGAGAUCGCUCGUGAAGGCUCGCUCUCGGAGUCACAAUCUGCUCGAGACGUCGCGCUCAAGGAGCUGCAGGAAGUGCAUGCAUCAGCCGUCAGUGCGAAGGAGCAGCAAUUCACUGACGACAUCCAGAAGCUCAAGGAUGAGCACGCCCAGACACUUGCUGCGAAGGAAGAGAUGCACCGGAGCUCUCGCGAGCGGCUCAAGGCCAGCCAUGCCGAGGCUGUCAACAUCAAGGAAGCCACCUUCGCCGACGAACUGGCCAAGCUGCAAGCCGAUCACAGUCGGACGUUGUCCGCCAAAGAUGAUGAGCAUCGCGCAGCACUGGAAAAGAGCGCAGCAGAGCAUGCCGCUACACUGUCCCAACUCCAGGAGGAAUCGCAGAAGGAGGUUGCUAGGUUGACCGCUGAGCUGGAGCAAAGCCGGAACGAGCUCGCUGCCUCGAGCUCUGACUUGCAGAAGCAGCUAGAGACCGAGCUGCUGGCUGCCAAAGAGCAGCAAGCAUCAGUACUUGAGGAAGCUCAACGGUGUCAUGCUGAUGAGUUAUUACGUCUUGAGGAAGCGCAUAAUGCUGCUGUUACGGCAGUCAAGAGCGAGGCGGAAGAGCAGCGGUCAUCGCUCAUUAAGCCUCACACAGAGGAGCUCACAUUGCUCAAGGCUGAACACCAGGCUGCACUCGCAGAAGCUCAGGCGAACCUCAUAGCCGUGCAGGAUCAGCACCGUCAGAUGCUCGAAGAGGCUCGUGCCCACAGUGACCAACUACUUUCUGAAGAGAAGGAACGGAUCAGCGCUGCCCUCGGGGAGCUGGAGAAGAAGCACGCCGAAGAGCUGGAGGUCAUCCGCAGGGAUCAUGAUCUGCAGCUCGGAGAAAUGCAGAAGGAGCGGGAUGACGAGGUGCAAGGCUUGCAGCAGAAUCACACCCUGCUCCUUGAGGAGCUCGAAUCUUACAAGGCGGCAUCCGAGGAGUAUGUCGUUGCUAGGGAGGAGACUCGCCGUGCGCAUGAGGAAGCGCUUCAGCAGAAGACGGACGUAAUUGGACUCUUGCAUCAACAGCUCAACAGCUCGAACGAGGAACGAGACACCCUGGCGGCCGAAGUGGCGAAGCUGCGGCAGGAACUGCAAGAAACACGGGACAAGACGUCUGAACUCGUCAAAGAGGCGUCAAAGCGGGACUCGCUUGUGGACGAGCUUGAGCGACAUCGCUCGGUGAUUGCGGAAAUGCAGGAGACCCUACAGCGCACUAAGGACGAGAUGGAUAGCUUGGCGGCAGAGAAGAACCGGCAAGACGUGCUUCUUCGGGACUUGCAGUCGCAACUUGUGCGCAGCCCAUCGCCCGGGCAAAGACAGGGCUUCGAGCGGAGCGUACGUGCAAACGGAAUGUCGCCGACGAAAUUGCCGCCGCCUGCGCCCCCGCCGACGGUGCCGAUUCCGCCGGCCCCGUCAUCUGCUCAUGAAACACAGCUGAGCAUAGCGUCUUCGUCGGCGUUUACGACGCCCGGGAGCAUUGACAUGCCGCUCGGCUCUCCAACGACGCCGGCUACAUCUAUCGCACCGUCAAUGAGUGGACCUCCGACGUCAACUGGAACGCCGGAUCCACAUCUGACCGCGCAGAUUGAGCAGCAGGCGAAACAGAUCGAAGAGCAGGAGGCGAUGAUCAAGACGCUGAACAAGCAGCUGAUGCAUUGUGAGGGCGACUUGCAGGUGCACAUGGAUCUUGUCACAAAGCUGGAAGGGUCGUUAGGCGAGGAGGAGAAAAACUUGCGCAAGGCCCGAAUGCAGGCGACGGAGCUUGCGCGAGAACGGGACAACCUAAACAACCAGAUCGCUGCGCUGCGUGCGGAACUGCACGAGGCGAAGAACGAGGUGGUGAACGUGCGGCGGUCGAUCGUAGAGGAGAAGCAGAGCCUCGAGCACCGAUUGGACGAGGAGCGGCGGGCGAAGGAGCGGGCGCGGGCGCAGCUCGACAGCCGGAUGGAGGAGCUGCAGAAGCGCAAGUCCAAGUUUGCAUGCCUGUGA